CGCAAGCGUCGUCAGCCUUGCGAGCUUGCCAACAAAUAAAACGACUUUUUUAGGUCCAACGUGAACCACGCGGGCUGGGCGCGAUGUUAACUAAGCAGCAGCUUGGCCUUGGAUUCCGUCAAUUCUAGUUGUUCCCAUGCUCGUCAGCAUUUGUGCGAUUUUUUUUUUUCAACCACACUCUCGACACAUAAUCCGUCGCUCGCUCCUUGGACAACGCGUCGUCGGAUGACUUGAAGUCAUAGACAGCUAUUGAACCUAAUUGCGGAUUGAACCCCUUUUUUUCCCACCGAGUCGACCCGAGUCCGAGUCCGACUACUUGCGCGAAACAAAAACAGAGACGCAUCCGAGUACCAUUUAGCGGUGACGACAGACGACGUCAAGACUCAUAGAGACUAGAAACGACAGCAUCAUUUUUUUUUUGUUGACUAGACUAAAGUCGCCCGCGGUCGUGCGAGCGCCAACGACAAAAUGACACAAAACGGCUCCUCAGUGCCUGGAGCACAACCACCAAGUAAAGCCAUCGCCGCAGAGCCCAAGCUCAACAACGAAAUGGAGAUGGGCAGCAUACCAGGAGGCAAGCCGGUCGAGAACGACAUAAUGCAGCUCGCGAGAAUAGGCGACAUACCGGCUAUGGAGAAGUUGUUCGAGAUGGGCGAGUACGAUGCCACAUACUCCGAUGACGAGGGCAUCACGCCGUUGCAUUGGGCAGCAAUCAACAACCAAUACGCCAUGUGCAAGUUCCUGAUAGAAAAAGGCGCGCCGAUAAACAAGAAAGGCGGCGAUUCGGUGGCUACGCCACUGCAGUGGGCAGCUCAACGUUGCCAUUACUACACCGUACACCUUCUUCUCCAGCACGGCGCCGACCCGCUCGCUACUGAUGCGCAAGGCUACAACACACUACAUAUUAGCACAUUCAACGGCAACGUCCUGCUACUCGUGCUGCUUCUGCAUCAGGGAAUCCCGGUUGAUGUCGCCGACUCGUACGGCCACACGGGCCUCAUGUGGUCCGCCUACAAGGGCUUUCCUGCCUGCGUGGACGUUUUUCUCCGAUGGGGCGCAUCGGUUCACGCUCGCGACGAACAAGGCUUCACGGCGUUGCACUGGGCCCUCGUAAAAGGCAGCCCUGGGUGCGUGCAAAAGAUCGUCGAGUACGGUGCCGACCGGUUUGCCAAGACCGCGACGGGCAAGACCCCGGCCCUGACGGCGCAGGAGCUCAACACCACGGUGGCGUGGCGACGUGCUCUGCGUGAGUGCGGAUACGACGAGGAUGGCAACGCCAUCACACCCAAAUGGCCGGGCGCUUCGUACUUCCUCAAGGACAAGAAAGGCUUCGUGAACAAAUUCCUGUUCCUGUGGCCUUUCCUGCUGGUUUGGAUGAUGUUUCACAUCCUGGCGGCGAUGCCCAUAUAUUUUGCCAUAGUCGUUGGUGCGGUCGUGGUCUUUGCGGUUCAAUGGGUCGCACAGAACGUACUGCAACAUGCGCCAUCUGAAAUGCGGUCGUUUCAACGAACGCCUUGGUUGGCAGGUAUAUUUGCUGCGUCCCUCUUUUGGACAAGUUGGAACUGGCUGUUUACACUCAUGCCGGCCACAGCACUUUAUGCUGCUCCUGGCCAAACAAUGUACUUCCUCAACUUCAUGUUUCUCGUCUUUGCCUCUUCGACGGCAUUCUUCUACACCUCGUGUAUGAUGGAUGACCCAGGAUUCGUACCCAAGAUGAACGGCAUUGCGGAGCAAAAGGCCGUUAUCGAUGAGCUCAUUGGGCUAUGGAAGUUUGACGAGGCCAACUUUUGUGUUACGUGCAUGAUCAGGACACCUCUGAGAAGCAAGCACUGCAGGAGGUGUCAGCGCUGUGUGGCCAAGCAUGACCACCAUUGUCCCUGGGUUUACAACUGUAUCGGCAACAACAAUCAUCGACAAUUCUUCCUGUACUUGAUAACAAUGUCUUUCUCUAUCAUCACUUUUGACUUUAUCUUGUAUCAAUACCUGACAACCGUCUCCAAAAACGCAUCCGACCAAUGCAACAUCCUGGCACCAUCUCUAUGCAAAGUCAUCAACGCAGAUUCAUUCACACUCAUCGUCGGCAUCUGGGCAACUUUGCAGCUGACAUGGGUAAGCAUGCUCAUGUUUGUGCAGUUCCUGCAGGUCUCCCGCGCAAUGACAACGUACGAGAACAUGUUUGGCAUCGACCACCGCAGCAGCGGUGUGGCAGCUCUCAAUUCAGCGUUCACGUCCACUGGGGCUCCCCUGGACCCGACCACUGGAGUGCCUCCCAGUGGUAGCACUGGAGCGCCCGCCGCAGCGGAAAGCGGCCACAGCCACAGUCAUAAGCACAAGCAUGGCGGCUGCCUCAAGCAGUGGGGACGCAUGCUCGGUGUGGACGCGUUCAUUGAGACGGCGACGGGUCGCGGUGCGGCAGCUGGCGGCGAUAAUAAGAAGAAGCGGCGCAAGAACCCAUACUCGCGCGGUUGUGCCACCAACUGCCGCGACUUUUGGUGCGAUCCGGCGCCAGUCUUUGGUCGCCGCGAGACGGGCGUGGGUAUGCUGGGCGGACAAGUAGUCAACUGGACCCAAGUGUACGAAAGCCCCGCGGCAAUGCAGUCGACAGUCGGGGGCAGGAGAAGAGGUGGCUAUGAAGCGGUUGCCGGGGAAGAGGUUUAAUUUAAGUUGGUACUUAAACGUCCGCUGAGAGUGGAUGAUGGUGUGGUUACGCCUGUGAAUGAGCUGAUCUUUGAACGCGUUUAAUGGUUUACUAAGGUGUUUAGAUACGCGGUUAAUGCAUUGUCAGCUAUAGACUAGAGCUCGUCUGGGUAAGCAGCGCGCGAUGUUGACUUUCUAGGUUCGGAGGUUGGAAAGGCGUAUCUCAUACAGUCUCGAUAUGAGUCCUGAGCAUUUUUGUCUUAACCUUUACGCGAGGGCUUCUGUGACCGAAACUUAACAUUUCAUGUCCCG